CGCCGUUAAAUAUUUCCAUCGAAAAAUAGAAGUGAGAAAAAAAAAAACUAAAUACAUAAAAUCAAUAAAUUUUGAUCGAUUCGGAUGUGGAAAAUCUCGGAUCGGAGAUGAAAGGCGUCUCCUCGGCGCCUGGAGAUUACGUCUACUUCAAAUCUCAGGUUCCUCUUCACAAGAUUCCCAUUGGGACAAAGCAAUGGCGUUACUAUGACUAUGGUCCAAAGACUGUUCCUCCACUCAUUUGUAUUCCUGGCAUCGCAGGAACUGCAGAUGUCUACUAUAAACAGAUCAUGGCAUUGUCUAUGAAGGGUUAUCGGGUAAUUUCAGUUGACAUUCCACGGGUUUGGAGUUAUCAUGAGUGGAUUCAAGCAUUUGAGAAAUUCUUGGACACCAUUGAUGUUCAUCACGUGCAUCUCUACGGUACUUCCCUUGGAGGCUUCUUAGCACAACUCUUUGCUCAUCACCGACCAAGACGGGUUAAAUCAUUGGUUCUAUCGAAUACAUAUUUGGAUACUCGCAGUUUUGCUGCUGCAAUGCCAUGGGCUCCUUUUGUAAGUUGGUCUCCUUCUUUUUUGCUGAAACGAUACGUCUUAACAGGAAUUCGUGAUGGACCUCACGAACCCUUUAUCGCUGACUCUGUCGACUUUGCUGUCUCUCAGGUUGAGACAUUGUCAAAAGAUGAUUUGGCUUCUCGGCUAACGUUAACAGUAGAGGCUGCUUCUGUGGGAUCUCUACCACACUCUGAUUCAUUCAUCACUAUAAUGGAUACCAAUGAUUACUGCGCAAUUCCGCAAGCUCUGAAAGAUGAACUUGCAGAGAGAUAUCCUGAAGCAAGGAGAGCUUACUUAAAGUCCGGAGGAGAUUUCCCAUUUCUAUCACGGCCUGAUGAAGUCAAUUUGCAUCUACAGCUGCACCUAAGGCGGGUUGGAGUAGAACCACGGCCUGAAGUGGGUAAAUCCAUUUCGAAAGACGGUGCAGAUGGCGCAGACAGUAGUAACCAGAGCAAGAAGAAAACUGACGAGGACAAGGAAGACCGUAAUGCAUCUCAAGGCUCUGGAAGCACAUCUUCAGAUCAGUCACCGACAUUUCCAGAAAGUUCAGGAAGCUCAAAUGAUCCACCUUUGCCGACAGACUCUAUCCAGUUGCAGAGUUUGUCAAUGGAAAAACUCCUCGUAAUGCAACUGGUGACUGGUGAAGUUUAUCAGUCCUGUGUGGUUUUCACGUUGUGUUACUGUACAUUGGUUUUGGUUCACGGUGGUUUCAUCUCCAGACAGUCGGUUUAGUGUUUCUUUGUUAUUUAUUACCUCUUCUGCUGUUAAAAUCUUAUUUGUUUGUUUUCAUUUUAUGUUUCGGUCUCUUGAUCUUUCUUUGUUUCUCUUGUAUGUUGUGUAAGUUGACAGACGAAGCAAGAGUUGUGUGUUUCUUUGUAUGUUUCAAGAAAUUGCACUUUUGAGAGAAAACUUUUGUUGGGUUUGGGAUUAAACCAUUGUUUUCAGUUUCGCGCUCUUUUUUUUACAGCCCUAAUUUUGGCUGAUUUAAGACAUUUAUUUU